AUGCUUUACUCGUUCGUCUUGGCCGCGGUCGUCUCGGUCACCCUGAGCCGACGCGUGGCGGCCCUGCCCAGUUCUUUCCAUGCCGAUCACUCCGGCCCGGAGGUCCUGGCAGCCAGGCAGCAGCAGCCGUCGUGCCUGCUCCCGAGCCUCAUCCAGAGCGCCAGCAGUCUCACCGGCCAGGAACCCGGAACCAAGGGUAUCAAGCGGGGGCAAGUCGCGGCAACGACUGACAGGGACAACUUCAUCAACUUCUGCGAGGGCCAGACCCUCACCAACGGCCAGCAGCUCGCCGGCGGGUCCUGCAACGGCAUCCCCAUGGGCAGUCUCCCCUCGGCGCAGAACAUGAUCUCGGCCGUCAUCACCAACCCGCGGCCCGGCGAUCGGCUGCCGUCCGGCGUCGGCUUCAACGUCACGGUGCAGACGGUCCACCUGCGGGCCGGCCUCUUCGCCAACCCGGCGACCAACUACUACACGGCGCCGCAGGAGCUCGACGUCGCCGGCGACGUCUACGGGCACUGCCACAUCACGAUCCAGGACAUCGGCUCCAUGACGACGACGACGCCGCCGGACGCGACCAAGUUCGCCUUCUUCAGGGGCAUCGACGACGCCGGCGACGGCAACGGCCUGCUGACGGCCCGCGUCGACGGCGGGCUGCCCCCCGGCGUGUACCGCGCGUGCACCCUGAUUGCGGCGACGACCCACCAGCCCGUCGUGAUGCCCCUCGCCCAGCGAGGCGCCCAGGACGACUGCACGAGGUUCGAGGUCACGGGCGGCGCCAUAAGCGCCGCGGGCGCCGCCGAGGGCGCAAAGGUCAUCGGCACCAGCGGCGGCGGAAGCAGCAGCAACCACAACGCCAACGGCAGUGGCGGUGACAGCAACGGCGCCAAGAUCAUCCUCACGAGCGGGGCCAGAAGCAACAGCGAGAGCAGCAGCAACGCCGCCAAUAUCAUCCUCACGAGCGGGGCCAGAAGCAGCAGCGGCAGCAAUAACACCAGCGACAGUGGGCAGCAACGCGUGCAGCAGUAG